AUGGAUUGGGAUACUCAAGUUACAUUAUUUGUGUGCAAUAUUGCUCCAACAUUGCCGGAUUCGUUUGUAGUAAGCAUUUUACAACAAUUUGGCCAUGUUCUUAAUUGGAAACGUGCAAAAACUAUAAAUGAUAGAACUUUAGAUUUUGGAUUUGUUGAUUUUGCUUCUCCUAAUGAUGCUCUUAAGGCUCUACGAUUAAUACCCUAUGUAAAAGUUCUUGAUUUAUCAUGGACUGCCAAACUAGAUCGUUCUCAAGAAUUAAAUCUUCAAGCAUUUCAAACAGCUAAAAAUCUUCGACUAGGAUUCAAUCAAAAUCAAGAAAUUCGAGAAGAUCAGCUUACAAUGAAAGUAAUUAACGAACUAAUUAGCUCUGCAACUUUCGCGAAAGCAAAUGAAAGAAUGGUUGGCAUUAUUGAAUCAGAAUUUGAUGAAAAGCGUGAAUCAGAGCAUUUCAGAUACCAAACAGAAGUCAGAAAAGAAGAUGAACAAUUUGAUAGCUUAUUUAAAGAAGCUUUGAUGGUACAAAAAGGUAUAGAAAUAUCUAGAGAAGCUCAGCUGAAAUCAAUGGAACAAGCAAAAUUUGAAUCCCAAGCAAGGAUUGAUAGAAAAAAUUUCUUACGAAAUUGGAAACGUCCGAUGCUUGAGUCUAAUGAUAUAGAGAGUUUAACUAAAUUUGCCCAAAUUUGGACGCAAUUUAAUAAUUAUCGUAAAGAAAGAACUACAAUGCGUGAAAAUGAGAGGGAAUACGAAAACUUACUUGAAUAA